AUGGGAGGCAACCAGACAUGGAUCACAGAAGUCACCCUCCUGGGAUUCCAGGUCGAUUCAGCACUGGAGUUUUUCCUCUUUGGUCUUUUCUCUCUCUUCUACACCCUUACGCUUCUGGGGAAUGGAGUCAUCCUGGGGCUUAUCUGCUUAGACUCAAGACUUCACACCCCCAUGUACUUCUUCCUCUCACAGCUGGCCAUCAUCGACAUAUCCUAUGCCUCCAACAGUGUUCCCAAGAUGCUGGCAAAUCUUGUGAGUCAGAAAAGAACCAUGUCCUUUGUUCCCUGCAUUAUGCAGACAUUUCUAUAUCUGGCUUUUGCUCACACAGAGUGCCUGAUUUUGGUGGUGAUGUCCUAUGACCGGUACGUGGCCAUCUGCCACCCCCUGCAUUACACUUUCAUCAUGAGCUGGAGAGUGUGCUCUGUCUCGGCCAUCGCAUCCUGGGUCUUAAGCUUCCUCUUGGCUCUGAUCCACUUAGUCCUCUUUCUGAGACUGCCCUUCUGUGGGCCUCACGAAAUCAACCACUUCUUCUGUGAAAUCCUGUCUGUCCUCAAGCUGGCCUGUGCUGACACCAGGCUCAACCAAGCGGUCAUCUUUGCUGCUUCCGUGUUGGUCUUGGUCGGGCCCCUCGGCCUGGUGCUGCUCUCCUACACACGCAUCCUGGCCGCCAUCCUGAGGACCCGGUCAGGUGAGGGCCGCGGAAAGGCCUUCUCCACCUGCUUCUCCCACCUCUGCGUGGUCGGGCUCUUCUUUGGCAGUGCCAUCGUCAUGUACAUGGCCCCCAAGUCCCGCCACCCUGAGGAGCAGCAGAAGAUCCUUUCCCUGUUUUACAGUCUUUUCAACCCCAUGCUGAACCCGCUGAUCUACAGCCUGAGGAACAAAGAGGUCAAGGGUGCCCUGAGGAGAGUGCUGUGGAAGGACAGGCUAAUGUGA